AUGACUGAAUCUUUUUUACUCGGGACUGGUUCUAUGGGGACGUGCGUAUAUGUUGCUAUCAUGGACGAUGGCAGUGAAGUGGCUGUAAAGAGAAUGUUAAUACAGACAUGUAAAGUUGCAGCUGAAAAUGAGAAAGCAAUCCUGACUCUCAUUAACACACAAAGGUCACCAUUUAUAGUUAGCUACCGACAUUUCGUCAGAGACAACAUCUUCAUGUAUCUUAUUGUUGACCUCUGUGAAGAAACAUUGGCUGAUCACGUCCUAUUUCAAAGUGCUAAACAUGUGCAAGAACAUGGGCGAAGAAUGAUCAAAGAAAUCUUGACUGGACUUGAAUUUCUUCAUGCUCAAGGAAUUUUACAUAGAGAUCUCAAACCAUCCAAUGUCCUGGUUGACGUCGAAGGUCACAUGAGAUUGGCAGACUUUGGAAUAAGUCGUGUUCUAAAUGAAGAUGAAACGACAGUUCAGACUGAUGCGAAAGGAACCCAAGGCUGGAUGUCUUCAGAAGUCAUCAAAACCGGAAAUAAAGGAGGCAAAUGUCGAUAUAAAAAAAAGUCAGAUGUUCAGGUUGCUGGUAUGAUAACUUACUUCAUCUUAAACAAAGGUGAACACCCGUUUGGUUCUGUGCAUGAUCGCAUGACUAAUAUUUUGAGAGGAAAUCCAGUAAACUUGGAGAAACUUGAUGACCCUGAUGCUCGACAGUUUAUUUCAAAGUUGAUCAGGCAUAAGAUUGAAGACAGGCCUCAUGCUUGUGAAGCAUUGCGUCAUCCUUUUAUGAAUGAGAAAACAAAAUGUGAAUGGAAGUCGAAGCCAUGUGAUAGAAAAAAAGAUGGAAUUAAUCCUGAUAAACAUUGUACAUCCGGUGACGCCGAACAUAAUUUUCAACAAUCUUCAGAUGAGGAUGAAACUGAUUUUUCCCAAGACGUCAUGUAUGGCUAUGAAGAUAAUGAUCCCGACGAUGACGAACAUUCUUCCUCUGACGAUGAAAAUGAUGAUACCGAUAUCGUCAUAUGCGACGCAUCCGAUGACUUUGAAGAUAAUGAUCCCGACGAUGACGAACAUUCUUCCACUGACGAUGAAAAUGAUGAUACUGAUAUCGUCAUAUGUGACGCAUCCGAUGACUUUGAAGAUAAUGAUCCCGACGACGACGAGCAUUCUUCCGUUGAUUUAUUGGGUGACCACGAAGAUAAUGAUCCCGACGAUGACGAACAUUCUUCCGCUGACGAUGAAAAUGAUGGUUUCGAUAUCGACGAAGAUGCUCCAUCUGGUGACCACGAAGAUAAUAAUUCCGACGAUGACGAACAUUCUUCCACUGACGAUGACGACGAAAAUGAUUCUUUCAAUGACGACAUGAUGGAUCUAUGA